UCUUCGUUUAUGUUAAAGCGCCUUUAGAAUAUUUCACUUUUCGGGUGUCUCUGUCUUGGCACACGUGUACAUGUUCAGUUACAUAACCAGCUCGCUGAAUAGCUAUUAAUAGGCUAGUUACAAUGGAUCAUUGUGAGGGUCAUUUUGCAUAAAAACUUUUAGAAAUAUUGAGAGAAAAAAGGAAUGACGACUGUCGACGAGGGACCGAAGGCUUCAAGGUUACAAGUCCCCACGAAGUUGGACAUUGCAACCACAAAAAUGCUAGCAUCGGGAAAUGUGGCAGACGACAGUCGGGUUCCAGAAGUUGAUUAUAAUUUCAGCAGAGGUCGACAUCUGAAGAACGUCUUCGUCUUGAGCAUAACCUUCACGCUAGUUUUUACAGCAUUCCAUGGUUUAGAAUCAUUACAAAGCAGUAUGAAUAAAGAUCAAGGUUUGGGAGUCUACGGUCUUGUGUUCAUCUACUCCGCCAUGAUCAUCUCUUGUCUUUUCCUGGCGCCUCCUAUCAUCUCCCUCCUAGGAUGUAAAUGGACCAUAACGGCGGCAAUGGCGUCCUACACCACCUACACCCUAGCCAACUUCUACGCAGUAUGGGGUACCAUGGCGCCUGCCUCUGUCAUAUUAGGAAUGGGAGGGGCGCUGCUCUGGUCGGCAAAGUGCAUGUACAUCACCGAAACAGCCACACAAUACGCCCAAAUAACCGGAAAGAAUAAAGACGUCCUGCUCCACCGCUUCUUUGGUAUUUUCUUUGGAAUCGUAAACUCUUCCACAGUUUGGGGCAAUCUUAUUUCAUCGUUGGUAUUAAGCCAAAGGUCUCAAAACGAAACUGAAAUUCCUGAUGAAGUUUUUAGCAGAUGUGGUGCCACCUAUUGUACAGGGGACGAAAAUAUUGGAAAUUUUUCGAAUCCAGGAUUGGAUAAACCAUCGGAAGAGAAGCUCCUGAUAUUGUGCGGCACAUACUUUGCCUGUGGCUUGAUCGCCGUGGGAGCGGUCGCCAUAUUCCUGGAUGAUCUUCAUCGUCAAAAAUCAGCAAAAUCCCAGCCGAAGAAAAGAUUCUCUAGUGCCCUAUUUGUUGCAACUUUCAACCACAUGCGGGAACCCAAACAGUUGCUACUGAUACCGAUAACUAUGAACUGUUCCAUGCAAGAAGGUUUUUUCUUCAGCGAUUUCACAAAGUCAUUCGUGAGCUGCAGUUAUGGACUCUGGAACGUGGGGUACGUCACUAUGACGUAUGGUGUGACCACCUCUCUAAUCUCAAUUGUGAUUGGACGACUGGCGAAACGAGUGGGGCGGGCGGUUUUCUUCACAUUAGCAAUGCUUUUGCAUUAUGGGUUGCUUUUCACAUUACUGUUCUGGCAACCCACACCGGAUGGAUUGCUGAUUCUUUAUGUUUUGGCGGGACUUUGGGGUGCCGCCGUAGCCAUCUGGACAACAGAGAUAAACGUAUUAUACGGAGUUCUUUUCCAUGACAGUCAAGAGGCGGCCUUCUCAAAUUACAGACUCUGGAGAGCAAUCGGGUUCAUUUUGGCUUAUAACUUCAGCGUUAAGUUGUGUGUGUUUAUAAAAUUAUAUAUCUUGAUGGGGACCCUGGCGCUGUCCAUGCUGGGCUAUUUGACAGUGGAAUUUAUGGAAAGAAAAUACUUUGGAAACGCACAAAACUGUUGAAGCUGCCAUUGACAUGCUUGG